AUGGCGGGGAGAUCGCGGUACGACAACCCCUUCGAGGAGGGCGGCGCCGACGAGGUCAACCCUUUCGCGGACCAAGCUAAAAGAGGAGGAUCAACUGCUCAGUCCAGCUAUUCCGGUGGCGCGUUCUACACGACGCAAUCACAACGCCCUUCUGCUCCUCCUAGCACACGCCUUUCGCCUCUUCCUCCUGAACCUGCUGACUUCUACAAUGACUUUGCUACCCCAGUGGAUAUCCCCAUGGACACAAACAAGGACAUGAAGACAAGGGAGAAGGAGCUCCUGGCCAAGGAGGCCGAGUUGAACAGGCGUGAGAAGGAAAUAAAAAGGCGAGAAGAUGCUGCAGCACGAGCUGGCAUUGUAUUGGAAGAGAAGAAUUGGCCACCAUUUUUCCCCAUCAUUCAUAAUGGUAUUGGCAAUGAGAUACCUGUUCAUCUGCAAAGAACACUGUAUGUCGCAUUUGCGUCACUCUUAGGGUUGGUCUUAUGCCUGUUUUGGAACAUAAUCUGUGUUACCGCUGCCUGGGCAAAAGGGUCAGGUCCUAAGAUAUGGUUUCUUGCAAUCAUAUACUUCAUUCUUGGAUGCCCUGGUGCCUACUACCUUUGGUACCGGACACUGUACCGUGCCAUGAGGAAUGAGAGUGCUCUUAAAUUUGGAUGGUUUUUCCUCUUCUACUUGGUUCAUAUCGCCUUCUGUGUGUAUGCAGCUGUUUCUCCUUCAAUUCUCUUUGUGGGAAAAUCAUUAACCGGGAUUUUUCCAGCAAUCAGCUUGAUUGGUGACAGCGUCAUUGUUGGGAUCUUCUACUUCAUUGGCUUUGCAUUGUUCUGCCUGGAGUCUUUGUUAAGCAUGUGGGUCAUUCAGCGUGUUUACCUGUACUUCCGAGGAAGCGGGAAAGAAGCAGAGAUAAGGCGGGAAGCAGCACGCAGUGCAGCGAGGGCAGCAUUUUGA